AUGGAGAUGCGUGGUCAAACUCAACCCAGCCCGAGCUGUUCUUCGUCCACCCCGGGCUGUUCGAAGGUGUCUGUGUCCAAGGAACUACUGACGGCGGGGAGCGGCAGCCUCGGAGGAAUAUGGGACAGAUUGCUCAUCAACUCCAAGCCUAAUUCCAAAAAGAGCUCUCUUCAAACAGUUCGGAUAGAGAGAAGUCCCUUGUUGGACCAAGUACAGACCUUUCUCCCACAGAUGGCCCAGGCAAAUGAAAAGUUAAGAAAAGAAAUGGCAGCUGCACCACCUGGUCGGUUUGAUAUUGAAAAUGUUGAUGAGACUCUUGGAAAAAUUAUACAAAUGGAUGUGGCCUUGUUUGAGAUGAAUCAGUCUGACUCAAAAGAAGAGGCCAGUUCAGAAGAGAGUUCAGAGGACAGUUCAGAAUCUGAGGAUGAAGAUGUCAGCAUUCCUUGUGAAGUCACCAUAGAUAAUAUUAAGCUUCCUAAUUCAGAAGGUGGAAAAGGCAAGAUCGAAGUGUUGGACAGUCCUGCGAGUAAGAAGAAGAAACAGUGAAAUAAAUGACCUGUAA